AGAGCUCCCACUAGAACCCACCGCACAGGCUCAGAGCCCAUAUGCCAGGAGGGGGUGACUACAUUGUGUCUAUUGUAUGUUUUUUCUUUCUCCCCCCACCCCCCCCACCCCCCCCACCCGGCAUUUUGUACAUUUCACGGGAGGUUUAAAUCGGGAGUGAAGAGCAUGGCAGAUGAGCAAGAGAUUAUGUGCAAACUCGAGAGCAUCAAGGAGAUCAGGAAUAAGACUUUGCAGAUGGAAAAAAUAAAGGCGCGACUGAAAGCAGAAUUUGAAGCCCUGGAGUCUGAGGAGAGGCACCUGAAAGAAUACAAGCAGGAAAUGGACCUGCUGCUGCAAGAGAAGAUGGCCCACGUGGAGGAGCUGCGGCUGAUCCACGCUGAUAUUAAUGUGAUGGAGAAUACUAUCAAGCAGUCUGAGAACGACCUCAACAAGCUCCUGGAAUCUACUCGUCGCCUGCAUGAGGAGUACAAACCCCUCAAGGAGCACGUAGAUGCUUUGCGGAUGACUCUGGGGUUGCAGAGGCUGCCAGAUCUGUGUGAGGAGGAAGAGAAACUGUCCCUUGACUACUUUGAAAAGCAGAAGGCAGAAUGGCAGACAGAACCACAGGAGCCUCCCAUCCCAGAGUCUCUGGCUGCAGCUGCAGCGGCUGCCCAGCAGCUGCAAGUGGCCAGGAAACAAGAUACCAGACAGACAGCAACUUUCAGACAACAGCCACCUCCAAUGAAGGCGUGUUUAUCGUGUCACCAACAAAUUCAUCGGAACGCACCCAUCUGUCCCCUCUGCAAAGCGAAGAGCCGCUCUCGGAAUCCCAAAAAGCCCAAGAGGAAACAGGAUGAAUGAAACCCAGAAGACUGACAAGCAAACGCAUGACCCAUUCCAGAACCCUUCCAGCAGAACUGCAGAUGUGGCCAGACUUUACUGACGUGCAGUCUCACGUAUGACCGACCCCUUGUUUUCUAUUUAAUGCAAUGUAAGCACAAUGUCCCUGUUCUGUCUUAAUUUCCUUCCGGUCCUUAGGAUUUGGUUUUAGGAAAGUUAAGUAUUACUGGUGCUACGGUUUAACAUUUCAACCAUUCCAUCUUUUGGACUCCUAAAUGAAGUCGAAUUCUUAUGCAAGUAUCCCAACUGCAAGGCUCUUCCUAUUGGCCAGAUGUGAUGACCACAGAUGCUUUUAUGUUCUCUUUUUAAAAACAAAUGUUACUACAAGAUUGAGACUAUUCAAAGUGCUAAAAUAACUGUUUGUUUCACUAAAGAACAAGUUGUUUUCCAAGCUAGUAAGACUGCAUAGGUUUGGGCAUCCAGUAGAGCUCUUUUUAUACAGGAAAUGUUCAGGGGGAAAUAGAAAUUGGUUAUAAAGGAAAUCAGUGCAUUAAUGCACGCGUCAGUUUUGAUUUCUUGGAAUUUGAUUGUACCAUUCCCUCCAACUUGACUUAAAAUUUGGAAGUGGGACCAAGUUGCUGGCUGUGUAUGAAAUUCUAAGAAUGAUGUAAUUUGUGAUGCUUUAACAUCUUAAUAUGGUAUUAUUUUCAGCAGUCAGAAGACCGAUUAACUUAAGAACAAGGAUCAACUGAACUGUAUUAGUGGUCCUUCCAGGCUCUAUGGCCAACCAGCUCCUUGUGCUUCUCUAGGAAACAUGUAUGAGAUACGUACACAGACUGCAACAUCAGCCAUUCUCACAUCUUCUAUUCCUAGUUUCCACAGCCAAAAUCUCCCUUGGCAGACAUGUCCUCCACUGGAGCACAGGGAAGCUCAGUAACAUGCACCAGGAACAAUGUCAACUGCCUGGCUUUGGUGCCAUUGUCCUCCCUCAACCAAAGCUUACUACUUUUGUGUCUUUGAAUAGGGCAUUUUCAAGUAAGCUUUAUUGCAGCCCAGUUUUUUUUCUUGCUCAGUACAUGUGCCAAAAGAACCCUGACUAAAGGGUCCUCUAGACCACUCCCUGUAUCCAUGUCUUCCUUUUGUUUCACCUCAUGUAUCAUCAGUUCCUUCAAUGGGGAGGGUGGCAGUGGCCCAGCUACAGAGCCAGGGCUUAAAAUUCACUCAUUUCUAAUCCCAGUUUUGUCACCACCUUUGUUGUCCAAAUUGAUCUCAAGCAUGAAAUAUUCUUUUCACUGA